CACACACAUGAGUGUCAAUCGGCGGCGUGCUAUCGGUAGCAGUCCGGGCUCGGCGGUGCGGUUGUCCAGUGCUGGCGGACGACGAGCGGCGGCAGCGCGACGACGAGGACGUCUGGAAUCGUGGAUUCGCCCGACUGGAAAAAAAUGGACUCGAUGAGGCAGCAGCAACGAUCGCUGGCGAGCGCGUGCCACGGCGUUUCGCCGUUUCCACGCAGGCCGUGGAUGAGCGAGACCGGCCUCGCCGCCGCCGUCGCCUCCGGCAACCUGGGCCUGAAAGGGGUCAUAGCCGGUGGCAUUACCGGGGGCAUCGAGAUUUGCAUCACAUAUCCAACGGAAUACGUAAAAACGCAGUUGCAGUUGGACGGAAAGGCAGGCGCUGGCAAAGAGUACACGGGAAUAGCCGACUGCGUGACCAAGACUAUCAAGACUCGUGGAUUCUUCGGACUGUACAGAGGAUUGUCCGUUUUACUUUACGGUUCUAUACCCAAGUCGGCGGUGCGGUUUGGUGCUUUUGAGUCGGUGAAGAAGCAGCUAGUAGACGCAGAUGGGAAGCUCAAUCCGCAAAGGAGGCUCCUGGCGGGCCUGUGUGCCGGAGUGUGUGAAGCUAUUUUCGCGGUCACGCCGAUGGAAACGAUUAAAGUGAAAUUUAUCAACGAUCAACGCUCAGCGAAUCCAAGAUUUAAAGGAUUCUUCCACGGAGUGCGCAUGAUUGUGAAGGAACAUGGUUUUAAAGGCGUGUAUCAAGGAGUAGUACCUACAAUCCUGAAGCAAGGAUCCAAUCAAGCUAUUCGUUUCUUCGUGAUGGAAACAUUAAAAGACUGGUACAAGGGUGGUGACAAUACCAAAAGUGUUCCUAAGUUAGUCGUCGGCGCGUUUGGCGCGGUUGCUGGUGCAGCAUCUGUUUUCGGGAACACGCCUAUUGACGUUAUCAAAACUAGGAUGCAGGGCUUGGAGGCAUCAAAGUACAAAAGCAGUAUGGACUGCAUGGUUCAGAUAUGGAAGAAAGAGGGUCCACUGGCAUUCUAUAAGGGAACCAUUCCGAGACUGGGCAGAGUGUGCCUGGACGUUGCCAUAACAUUCAUGAUUUACGAUUCCUUCAUGGAACUUUUCAACAAAGUUUGGCCUUAGGUCUGUCGCAUUUUGUACAUACAUACAUAUACAUUCUGUCAGAUGUUGCGAAUGUUGCUCUCAUACUGAUAUACGUUUUAUAAGCGUAUUCGUACGACAUAUUUUUGUUAAAAAGUUUAUUUAUAUUCCUAUUUAAGAGAGAUAUAUAUUAUAUGAUAUAAAUAAAAACGCUGUGCCAAUAGCAGCAAGUGUUUGCAAGAGGAAUCACAAAUGCGAAACUGUUGCAAACGCAUUUUCAGUGAAUAUAGAUUGAUUUUAUGAAUACACGAGAACAUGGGGAUAUGUAUUACAAUUGCACAAUAGUGAAAUAUCGUUAUCUCCGAUUUUAGUUACACGUUGUAGGAUAUGUGACUGGAAUGAUGCACAAAACUCGUUAUUUUAACUGUUUUUUUUUUUAUUAUUAAUUGUACAUUAAUAUCGUGAAAUAUCGAUAUUCUGCAACGACGUACAUUCCUGCGGUUCGUUUCCGAGUUACGGGUGUGAGUGUAUUAUUUAUAUGACCUCUUAAAGCAAGGGAAUAAUCUGUGUAUAAUGUAGUAAGUCGCAUGCGUAUAUAUGCCGACAUAGAUACAUGCAUUUAUAUAUAUACAGCGUUAUAAUAGCAGAAUAUAUUUAUGUACAAAAAGUUUUGUACAGAAAGAGAUAGCAUUUUAUGUGAGAACGAGCAAGGAAAACUAUAACGAUUUUUAGUUCUAACUUACGUCCACCAAUGUUGCAGAGGUAAAACUAGAAGAAUGUAUAUUAAUAAAAAACAAGUUGGUUAAAUUA